CAACAGUUUCCACCAUCACAUCAGAAAAAGAUGCCACAGCCUUUGGGCAAAGUAAAAGCAAUGGAGAAAAAUAUAAAAGGGAACCAACAAUAUCUAUGCUCGGAAGGAAAUUAUGUUCCCAACAAUGGGGGCCAUACACAUUAGCUUUUUUGCUGCUUAAAGGUCACAACCAGCAACCUUAUAGUACUCAAUCAAUAACAUAGGGAGAGAAAGGCAAUAAACAAAUCUUCUUCAGGCAAUGGGAGUUUUAAAAGGGAGAAAUAGUAUAUGGCAAGGGGGAAAAAAGCAAAGCCUAAAACCAUACCAUGCCUGUAAUUAUUUGUUCAAUAUUGUCCCCGCCAAUAUGUCCAUGACAUGCCUUUGCCAUCAUUCUGCCCCCAAUUCACUUUUAAGCACUUUACCAUCAACACAUCGAUCCCAAAAUUUUCUUCUAUAAGCUAACCAUGCUAGAGCUAGCUAGCUAGACAUUGUGAUCAACACAUCCAAAAAGCCGCCACCGCCAGCACCACAAGAGAACCAUUUAUAGAUGGCAAGUUCGCCACAGAAACACAUACCAGAAACUCGUCCCAUCGACUUCAGAGCACCACCUCCUUCUCCCGUCGCACCGGGGAGACGUUCGUCGUUCGCCAACGACGAUGUCCUCACCGAGUUCCUGGAGCACUCGUUGCGAGUGCCCGACUUGGUCCUCCCCGACAAGAUCUUCCCCAAGCAGCAAAUCCUCGAAACGCCUCCUCUUGUCGAUUACAUGUUGCUCAAAUAUGGCAACUUCCCGCUCAUGGAUUCGGCUGCCAGGCUAGGGUGCUUCCAGCUUGUCAACCAUGGGAUUCCCGGCCAAUCCAUAAGGUCGGCUGUGGAUCUGGCUAGUGGGUUGAUCUUCCAAGUUCCGCCGGAGAAAAGGGCUAAUGUGACUCUGUCUUCAGAGAACCCAUUUGGGUUUGAGGAGAUCACUACUGAUCAUGAUCAGGAAGAUGAUCAGAGGAGUGAUAGUAAUAAUACAUUGAGUGAAGAGUUUGUUUGGUGUAGAGAUGAGAGCUUCAAGUUGGCUAUGGAGGGAAUCUUGCCUUUUACCUACUCCAUUUUCAGUGACAAAAUGGAAGCCCUGAUGUCCAAUAUUGAAACCUUGGGUGAGAGGAUUCUGCAAAUUGUGAACCAGUAUACAGAGCAAACAUUGGCAGAUGGAAAUCAGGAUCAGGGUCAGAGUCGAGGCUGGGGAUUAUCCGGUUGCUAUCUGCGGCGGCACCGGAGGAAUGUGGCGGCGGAGGGGUGGGAGAAGGCGUUGAGGUAUGACGUGAUAAAGAUGCUGAUAAGGGGAACUGACUACUCGCAUGCACUGUGCUUCCACAUUUGUGACGGUUUCUCGGAGUUUCAUGUUUACUCCAAGAAAGGAUGGAUGUCUUUCUCACCUGAGAAAGAUGCUCUGGUGGUCACUAUUGGAGAUCAAAUUCAGGCUGUGAGUGGUGGCCAGUUCAAGCAUGUGCUAGGGAGGCCAAUCUUUAAAAGUGAUGAAGAUCAUGAUCAUCAACAACAUCAUAAUAACUCUAAUAUUUCGAUGGCGUUUCUGUAUUCUCCACCGCCGGCAGCCACCAUAAAUGGUCACCAUGGCAGCAGAAGUGCCAGUCAAGUUGAAGAGGAACACGCAAUAUUUACAAUCAGGCAGCAAGCUCUGGCAGCUCUUGUUUUGGCUCUUGUGUGCAAGUUUUUGGUUUAUAUUUAUAAGAAAUUUUGAUUUUGAUUACAUAUAUAAAUGGCGCUUUCCAUUUUAUCUUUGGGUUUUCUUUUGUUUUGGGGUUUCAUACAUGUAAUUGAUGAGGUCUUCAGUUUUUACAUUUUGUAAUUGGAGGAAUCAUAACCAAGAAAAGAAGUAAUUGAAC